GGCGUGUGUCGCUUCAAGUGCGAGCCGGAGAGGUCAAGAGAGUAAAGCCUCGAGGGAGCAGAACACCUGGCUGGUGACUCGGCCUGGCCAAUGGACGCAUCGCCUGGUCCCAUCUCGACUCAUCUUGGUCCCUUCGUCAUCCUCUCAUGAGGUUCACCAGUGUCUGUGAAAGAAAGAGGAAACACGUUGAAACUAGAGUCAUGAAAUAAUAAAUUCCUCCCUCCCCUCAAUCCUCCUCCUCGAUGAACGCCCGAGAGUCCGAGAUUGCUGUACAGGAGGAAGGGAAGAUGCGAGGGACGAGCAUGUGAGUGUGGGGAGGCGGGCACUGGGGUGUGUUCGGCGUGUGUCUGUGGAAAAAUAAACGCAGCAAACACAUGUGAGGUUCCGAGCGAGUGACGCGUGACGCUAUGGGGUGUCGGCGCGUGUGAGCCGCCAAGAAGAGUCAGCCUGCGCCCUGUGGCCGUGGUGGCGGCGGUGGCCAUGACGGCACCCAUGGCCCUGGCCGUGCCGGGCCCAGUCGUGGCCGACCCGCAGAGAAGAGGCCUAGUGGUGGCUUUGGGGAAGCUGCUCCCACUGCACCUCACACUCCUUGCCCUCACGUGUACAGGUGUGUGGGGCCAGAGCCAGGUGUUCCGCGAGGUGCCCCGCAGCGUGCGGGUGAAGGCCGGGGAGGACGUGUUGCUGCGGUGCGCCGUGGCCAACCAGCAGGGCCGCACACAGUGGACCAAGGACGGCUUUGCUCUCGGGUUCGAGCGAGGGGUGCCCGGCUACCCCCGCUACCUGUACCUGGGCGAGGCCAGCCGCGGCGAGCACCACCUGGUGAUCAAGGGCGCCACGCUGGAGGACGACGGCGAGUACCAGUGCCAAGUGGGACCAACCGACACCACGCCCCCCAUCUGGGCGGCUGCUAACCUGACAGUGAUGGUGUCGCCGUCGAGCAUUAGCAUCGCGGGCGUGGGUGACGGGGGCGUGGUGGAGGUGGAGGCGGGGCACACGCUGCGUCUGGAGUGCCUGGUGAAGGGCGCGCGGCCCCCCGCCUCCGUCACCUGGUACAGGGACGCCAUCACCCUCAGCAAAGAGCUGCACCGGGAAGAGGUGAUAUUGUCACAAGGAGCCCCUGGCGGUGGGACGCGAGCCGCCUCAGGAAAGUGGUGUGGGUGGCGGUUGAGGACGACGGCCAGGAGUACUCCUGCCGUGCCCUCCAUCUGCUUCCUGUUGCAACACUCCCCCACCUUCACCCUCGUCGCCCUCCCUCACCCUCGCCGUCCUGCGUAA